GUCAGAUGACUUGUCAAUCGUUGGAAGGUUAUGUGUAAAUAUUGUAUUUAUUUACAAUUUUUAUUAAAUUAAUACAAAGAAAAGAUGUAAUAAGGUUAACGCGCUUUGAUAAUCAAGCAGCAAUAAUUGUUCGUCCUCUAUUCUUUUUUUCUCAAAUUUAAUUGAUUUACAGUCAAAGUGGCUUGUUAUUGCAAUAUCGUCAACAUGAUUUUUGAACUCCUAACUUUAGUUGUAAUGCUGCCCAUGAUGUUGAUGGGUGUGUUAAUGUUUGGUGCAUUUGUGAUUGUGCCGUGUGCAUUCAUCUUUGCAUCAUGGUACAUGAGGAUUAAGGAGAGGAAGCUGCAGCGCAGGAAAAAAGAUGGAGCUAACAUAGCAUUCUUCCACCCUUACUGUAAUUCAGGGGGUGGUGGAGAGAGGGUUCUUUGGGUUGCUAUAAAAGCCAUAUUAACUAGGUAUCCGGACUCCAAUAUAUACAUCUACACAGUUGACACUGCAGAGCCAAAAGCAAUAUUGGACAAAGUUCAAAAUGUCUUCAAUGUUAAAAUUGAACCAGAGAGGAUAAACUUUGUGAGACUGUACUUACAAAAAGUUAUUGAGCCUCAAACAUAUCCAUAUUUCACAUUGCUGCUGCAGAGUUUCGGAACCAUGAUAUUGGGAAUGGAAGCUUUUAUGAAGUUUAAUCCAGAUAUCUACAUAGACACAAUGGGGUGUGCGUUCACUUACCCCAUCUUCCGCUACCUGGCGCAGUGCCCCGUGGGCUGCUACACGCACUACCCCACGGUGACGGCGGCCAUGAUGCGGCGCGUCAAGCACCGCCUCGUCAGUUACAACAACAGUAGCGUCAUCGCGCGCAACCCGCUGCUCACCUGGUGCAAGCUGCUCUACUACAAGAUGUUCGGCUGGUUGUACGGCGUGGUGGGUCGCUGCGCAGACAUCGUGAUGGUCAACGGCACGUGGACGGAGGAGCACAUCCACGAGCUGUGGAAGAGGCCUCUCGACACGCACCGCGUCUACCCGCCCUGUGAGGUAUCAGAACUGAAAACGCUGCGGUCUCUAGUGAGAGACUCAGACCCCAUCAGGAUCCUAUCAGUGGCCCAGUUCCGCCCAGAGAAGGACCAUCCUCUGAUGCUGCAGGCUAUGUACGAGCUUAGGAAUCUGCUCAUCAAGAACGAGAUCCUUUGGAACAAGAUAAAGCUGGUGCUGGUGGGCUCCUGCCGCAACGCUGCGGACGAGGAGCGCGUGCAGAACCUGCGCGACCUGGCCAAGCACCUGGCCAUCGAGGAGAACGUGCAGUUCACCGUCAACGCGUCCUACUGCCAGCUGCUGCAGCUGUACCAGACCAGCGCGCUGGCGCUGCACGCCAUGUGGAACGAGCACUUCGGCAUCAGUGUAGUGGAGUGCAUGGCGGCGGGCCUCAUCACCAUCGCGCACCGCUCGGGCGGGCCUCUCGCCGACAUCAUCGAGACCUCGGAGGGCUCGCGGACGGGCUUCCUCGCCGCCGAGCCGGACGAGUACGCGCGCGCCAUCCUGGAGGUCAUCGCCCUGUCCACUGACGAGAAGAGGACCAUCAUAGAGGCGGCGAGGGCAUCAGUGGAUCGUUUCUCCGAGAAGGCGUUUGUGACGGCCUUCUUACGUGCUGUGGAGCCGCUCAUGAGGAUAGACUGAAGACGGAGCUAUGUAUUGGGAGCCUGUUGAAGACAGACCUUUGCUUUUUGAUAAAAGUGUGAUUUCGAUGAAUGUUUGUCAGUUUCAACUAUAGGUGUAUCACAUACAUAGAGUUUCUGGGCCCCAAACACAGAAUAAAGAAUAUCCAGAAUGAGUCUUUACAAGCUGCGUGGUGUAGCCGGUGAAACCCAUAAAAAAGUCACGCGUCUCCCCUUGACAUUCGCUUAUACAUACUUUUUCAAAAUUUGUAUUUCAAAAUUUAACACUAACAAACAAUUACGUAAAUUAAUAUAAUAAAAAUCAAUAAUUACCAACAAAAAAUACUCAAUACAAACAAAUAUUUAUUUCAGUGAACCUACCAUUUAAAUGUUUUUUAUUAACACAAUAACUAUGAAAUUAGAUCUGUCAUCGAGAAAAUAAAUAAAUGGUAAUGGGUAUGUGGCGAACGAACUCUUUCGUUCGCCCACUUUAGGUUAGGCCAUCUACAUUCACAUUCCAGAUUAAUUUCAUAUUUAGAAUUCCCUCGACCGCGCAUGCGUGCAUAUAUUGUUUCACCCAUUCAUUACUUUUUUACCAGUCCUCCAUUCCACAUCGCAUCAUCUAUUUGAUAGACCUUUUAUUUUAUAUCCUUUUACACUUGUAACAAUCAGUAAAGUGAAUAAAUCUACAUACCAAUACAAUCGUCUUCUUCAUAUCUAUAUACUAACAUAAAACCUCCAUGGCGAUAGGUAUAACGGAAUAAUGCCGAUGACAAUGUAACAGAGUAUGCCUUAUAAAAAUGUCGUUUCUUUAUUUACCUAUAUAACAGUAAGUUACAGCAAAAUUAUUCAAUUAUGAUAUAAAUGAUUCAGUUUUCAUUCUUACCCUAUCGUUCGUUAUUCAUUCGAAAAUGAAUACCAAUUUUACCGGAUUAACACAAACACUAUCUGUAUCAGAAAUAAUAGGCUUAUUAACCGACUUUCAAAAAGAUCUAGUUCUAUGUUUUAUUAGUCAACAUGUGAAUUAUUGCGAUUAUCAUUUUGUUUUUUGACUGCGCUUGUAUUGUUAACUAUUCCAUUAGUAUUAAUAUUAAUAUCUAAGUUUUAAAAAAUAGGAAUCAAAAUAAAUUUUACCAAAGUUA